AAAAAUUAUUUUUGGCAUGUGUCAGUCAAACAUCUGACAGUGACACUGACAGAAGUUUAAAAAUUCAAAAUAUAAACAAAAUGUUCAAAAAUGAUACCUACUAAUGUUUACCCAACUCUUGUUAUAAAUAAUAACACUAAUUUUAUUUUAUUUAAAGUAGCUAUACACUUUGCAGAAAAAGGAUUAAAUGUUUGGUUUAUUUCACCUUCCGUUUUGGAUAAUAUUCCUGCCAAUAUUGUCCCCCCAGACAAAGAAAUAUUGCAGUUAAUUACUUUUAUAUACCUCAAAGAUUGCAAAGAUCUAUUAAAUCAUCUGAACACUAUCCAUUUAUGGCACAAAUCUCCUACAGUUAUUCUUAUAUGCGGUUUUGAUAUUUACACAAAUAUAUUUGAAGAAAAUUAUAAGCCUAUGUUAGCUGCACUGUUGUCAACUACUUUAUUGGAUAGUUCAGUAGUAUGUUAUAAGAAAAAUAAAAAGUCAACAUAUUUAAUUCUUACUCUACAGACUAUACCUGAUAAUUAUAGAGAUAGAAUAAAAGUAUUAUAUGAUAUGUACUUUCCUAAUAUCAUAACAGAUCAACAUGAAGAAAUUGUGAUAGAUAAAGUUGUAAAUUAUUAUAUAAAUAAAUGAUAUUAUGAGUU